AUGGAGUUUCUUAAGUCUGCAAUCGGCUCCGCGAUCUCGAAGGGCCCGCCAUUUCCCUACGCCUUUGGCGACAGGGUGGAUGUCGAUAAUUCCAUAUGGUCGCUGUUCAACGGAACAAAAAGGGAAGACGGGUCGAACUGUAGUAUCUUUUCGUUCGAGGUGAACGAUUCUACGAGGAGCAGAUUACCACUGGCGAAGAACGCGGUGAGGAAGCUGAGGACCUUGCGACAUCCGGGAGUCGUCAGGAUUAUCGAUACAGUCGAGACGGAUACCUAUAUCUAUAUCGCUACGGAGAGGGUCACGCCGUUGAGCUGGCAUGUCAAAAGAGAUUCAUUAAAUACGGAAACGAUCAAAUGGGGGCUUUAUAGUACUGCUAUUACUUUGAAAUUUAUCAAUGAGGAUGCCGCAUCUAUUCAUGGGAAUGUUCGAGUGUCUUCAAUAUUUACGACUGAGAGCGGGGAGUGGAAGCUAGGGGGAUUUGAGGUUCUUAGCUCAAUGAAGGAUGAUGACCCGGUUAUCUACAAAUUUGGCAGCUUGCUACCAGACUCAGGAAGAUAUGCUUCCCCGGAGGUCUUGAAGGGCGGCUGGGAUGCUCUAAAGAGUCAGGCCGUCAAUGCUGCGGAUUCAUGGAACUUUGGAACCUUGAUCUACGAGGUCUUUAAUGCCGGCGCAUUUACCAAUAGCGAGCAAUUGAUGUCCGCCAAAAAGAUACCCCAAAAUAUGGUUACGCCAUAUAAACGUUUGAUCCAGCAAAACCCGAAGACAAGGCUUUCAAUAGCCCAUUUCCUGGAGCAAGGGAAAAGAAGUAGAGGUUUCUUCGACACCCCCUUGAUUCACGUGUCCGAAUUUGUAGAGAAUAUGGGUGUAAAAACACCAGCCGAAAGAGAGGAGUUCUUAGAUAAACUGGGAGAUACUGGAGAUCAGUUUCCAGAAGCUUUCUUCAAAAUGAAGAUUUUGCCUGAACUAUUGAAAAGUGUAGAGUUCGGUGGAGGCGGACCAAAGGUAUUCUCAGUCGUUUUAAAUAUAGGAGAUAAGUUAUCAGACGAAGAAUGGGAGUCUACCAUCACUCCUUGUAUUGUUAGGCUAUUCGCGGUACCAGACAGGGCAACGAGAGUAUUCUUGCUGGACAAUCUCCCGAAAAUGAUUGAACAUCUCUCAAACAAGAUUGUCAAUGACAAGAUAUUCCCAGAAAUGUUGACUGGCUUCUCAGAUGUUGCUCCAAUUGUCAGGGAGCAGUCUGUUAAAGCAGUUCUUACAGUGGUCCCAAAGCUUUCGGACCGUAGUAUCAACGGAGAUCUGUUAAAGUAUCUUGCAAAGACACAAAAUGACGAACAACCCGGAAUCAGAACUAAUACUACAAUCUGCCUUGGCAAGAUUGCCAAAUACCUUGGACCAAAUACGAGAAGUAAAGUGUUAGCGGCGGCCUUUACGCGGGCUCUUAGGGAUAAUUUUGUGCAUGCACGUAACGCGGCAUUAAUGGCUUUAUCUGCUACGGUAGACCUUUUUGAUGAGACUGAUUGCGCUACAAGGAUGGUUCCUGCGAUAUCACCAUCCCUUGUUGACAAGGAAAAAGUCGUUAGAGUCCAGGCCGCCAAAACUCUUGAAGCGUACCUUCAAAGAAUCAAAACCUUAACAUCAAAUUACCCUGAAACGGUUAUUCCCUCUCCAACCGCCGCCUCUGAAGUAGCUACCCCACGCAUGGGGACUGUACAGACCGACAAUUCGUCAUGGACUGGUUGGGCGAUAGGUAGCUUUACAAACAAACUGGGCACAGCCAGCGGCGAGAUCCAGAGGGCACAGUCGCCAGCUGUUGCAAGUAUGGGUGGUGAUUAUACAAGGUCAGCAUCAGUCCCGACCAUGUCGCCCUCUCGACCGAACGCACCAAUACAGUCAAAGACGGUAUCUGCAUCAUCAUUCAACCGCACGACUCUCACUUCACCCCGGCCGGCCUCGUCCUUUCUGGAUGAUGCCGAUAAUGAAGAUAACGACCCCGAGGCCUGGGGAGAUCUGGAUGAAGAUAAUUUCUUUGAUGCACCAGAACCGAAUAAGCCGAAACCACAGGCUCCCUUGACUACUAAAAAGUCCGCUUGGGACUUCGAUGACGCUGAGCCGGAUAUAUCUGCAAUGUUGAACAAGUCCAAGGCGCCUCUUCCUAAAGGUCUUGCCAAGAAGUCUACAACUGCUGCUCCACGGAUAGGUCUCGGUUCCGCGAUGUCGAGCGGAAAGGGGAGUAUUGUGGCUGCCAGACAACCCGUUAAAACGGGAGGCGCCAUGAAACCAAUCGUAGGUGGGGCUGCAGCGAAAAGGACAGAAGUUAAGAAGGUAGAGGAUCCGUGGGGAAAUGAUGACGAUGCCGACUGGGGCGAUUCAUGGGACAAAUAA